CAAAUAUCAUUUUAUCUUUGUGGUUGUACUGCGGUAUAUCACUAUGUGCGAGUGUGUGAAUAAAUUUUAUUGCUAUUAGGUGAGUCGAAAUUUUGACACAUCUUUUGGCAACACCUUCGAAUUUUUAUUUUAUAUCACUGGUUGUUUCGGAUUUGUUGUUUCAGACAGAGUAUUCAUAUUUGCUAUACCUCUUUACUAAGCAAUAUAAUGGAUUCCAGUCUCACCUCGAAAAAGAUUCGUCAAAUGUUUAUUGAUUUCUUCAAAAAGAAAUAUGAACAUUGGUAUGUACAUUCAUCUGCAACAAUUCCACUUGAUGAUCCAACAUUGCUUUUCACAAAUGCAGGAAUGAAUCAGUACAAAUCAAUAUUUCUUGGAACUAUCGAUCCAUCCAGUCCAUUAGCGAAGUGCAAUCGUGCAGUGAACUCUCAAAAAUGCAUCCGUGCCGGUGGAAAACACAACGAUUUGGAUGAUGUUGGCAAAGAUACAUAUCAUCAUACUUUUUUCGAAAUGCUCGGAAGUUGGUCAUUUGGUGACUAUUUCAAGAAGGGAGCUAUUGAAAUGGCAUGGGAGUUGCUUACCGAAGUCUUCAAAAUUCCUAGAGAUCGGCUAUAUGUGACAUACUUCGAAGGCCAUGAAGGCAGUGGCCUUGCUGCAGAUGAUGAAGCUCGAGAUCUUUGGUUGUCAAUGGGUGUGCAACCCAACAGGGUUAUUAAAGGUGAUAUGAAAGACAACUUCUGGGAAAUGGGAGAUACUGGACCUUGUGGACCCUGUUCCGAGAUUCAUUAUGACAGAAUUGGUGGACGUGAUGCUGCUCAUUUGGUAAACAUGGAUGAUCCUGACGUUCUUGAAAUCUGGAAUCUGGUUUUUAUACAGUUCAAUAGAGAAUCCGGAGGUGGGUUGAAACCUUUAGCUAAAAAACAUAUUGACACUGGUAUGGGAUUAGAAAGAAUUGUAUCAGUUAUUCAAGAUAAACGAUCCAAUUACGACACAGACAUGUUCAUGCCAAUAUUCGAAUACAUUGAAAAAACAAUCGGUGUUAGACCCUAUGCUGGUAAAUUAGGAGAAGAAGAUGAGGGAGGUAUCGAUAUGGCAUACAGAGUACUGGCAGAUCAUGCCAGGACACUAACUGUUGCAUUGGCAGAUGGCGGUCGUCCUGAUAAUACUGGCAGAGGAUAUGUGUUGAGACGAAUUCUUAGACGUGCAGUACGAUUCGCAAGUGAAAAACUCAAUGCUAAACCUGGAUUCUUUGGAUCAAUCGUUAAUGUGGUUGUACUAAUAUUAGGUGAUGCUUUUCCUGAAAUUGCCAAAGAUCCUCAGUCUAUUAUAGACAUUAUCAAUGAAGAAGAAGAACAAUUCCUCAAAACUUUGACACGUGGUCAUCGAAUUUUAACAAGGAAAGUUAAUAACCUGCCAGAUGGUGGAAAAGUUUUACCAGGUGAUGUAGCAUGGCUUCUAUAUGACACUUAUGGAUUUCCUGUUGAUCUCACUCAACUUAUGGUGGAGGAAAAUGGUAUGUCUGUGAAUAUGGAUGAAUUUGAGAAUGCCAAGCAAGAAGCCAAAUUGAGAUCUCAAAGUGAAGGCUCUCUUAUUGACGACACAGUAAAAUUUGAUGUUCAUGCAAUUACUGAGCUACAAAAGUCUGGUCUCCCACCAACAGACAACAGUCCUAAGUAUUCGUACACUGCAGAUGAAAACGGAAAUUAUAAAUUUGACUUGAUCACAGGUGUUGUGAAGCAAAUAAGAUGUGAAGGAAAAUUUGUGGAUUCGGUUUCUUCCGGUCAAUUUUGUGGAUUGCUUCUUGACAAAACUAACUUCUAUCCUGAACAAGGUGGCCAGAUUUAUGACCAAGGUUACAUCAAUAAAGCAAAUGACGAUCAAACAGAAUUUUCCGUUAAAAAUUGCCAGGUGCAUGGUGGUUAUGUUCUUCAUACUGGAACGGUUGCUGGUACAUUGAGCGUGGGUGAUGAAGUGUGCUUAUAUAUUGAUGAAAAAAGACGUAGAUCUGUGAUGAGUAACCACACUUCAACACAUAUGCUUAACUUUGGACUCAGAAAAGUUUUAGGAGAAGCUGAUCAGCGUGGCUCCCUUGUCGCUCCUGACCGAUUGCGAUUUGAUUUUACCGCCAAAAAAGCCAUGAAUGCUAAAGAAAUAAAAGAAACCGAAAGAAUUGUCAAUGAAAUGAUCAGUAAAAAGGAAACUGUGUAUGCAAAAGUUUGCGAACUCGCUAAUGCUAAAGCAAUUCAAGGUCUGCGUGCAAUUUUUGAUGAAACCUACCCUGACCCUGUUAGGGUUCUUUCUGUUGGAAAACCAGUUGAUGACAUGAUCAAAGAUCCAACUUCACCAGCUGGAAAGGUUACUUCAGUGGAAUUCUGUGGUGGCACCCACUUACUGAAUAGCGGUCAUGCUGGAAAGUUUAUUAUUGUAUCUGAAGAAGCCAUCGCCAAAGGUAUUCGUCGUAUUGUUGGUGUUACUGGAGCUGAGGCAGCACGUGCUGAUAGAAAAGCUGAUCUUCAUGAAGGAGCAUUGAAACAAAUAGAAAGCAGCCUUGAUCACUGUAAAAGUGGAAAUAUUUCUUCUAGAGCUCUUGUUAAGGAAAUAACGGAGUUUACAGAAGAACUUGGAAGCUCUGUUAUGUCACAAUGGAAGAAAGAUGAAUUCAGAGAGCGUGCAAAAACUGUGAAAAAGAAAUUAGACGAUGCUGAUCGUGCAGCAAGACAAGAAGCUGUGAAGAAAAUGCUGGAAACAACAAAAGAGAAAAUAUUUGCUGAUCAAAAUUGUCCUCUUGUUGUAAUGGAACUGAAUGUUGCAUCUGAUACAAAAGCACUUAAUGAAGCCAUGAAAUUGUAUAAAAGCCAUUCCCCAAAAACUGCUGUUAUGUUAUUGAGUGUAGAUAAAGAAGCAGAAAAAAUUGUCUGCCUGAGUCAAGUUUCAAAAGAAACUGCUUCUACUGGAUUAAAAGCAAAUGAAUGGGUUCAAGAAAUAUCAAAGGUAAUUGAUGGAAAAGGUGGUGGCAAAGACCUCAAUGCCCAAGCUGUCGGGAAGAAAUGGCUUGAAUUAGACAAAGCUAUUGAAAUAGCAACCAGUUUUGCCAAAAUGAAACUAGAAAAUUGAUGUUUAGCAAUUAUAGAAUAUUAGAUAUUUGAAGAGGGUCAAGAUAACCAACCAUUCCUUGUUUCCGGUGUAAUAAUUCAAUCAGACUCCUUUGUUGCCUGCAGUUGGAGACACUAUUUAUAGAACAUACUUAUCUAAUGAGUAACAAAUGGUAUUUAGAUUUUGUUAGUUCAUUUCACAAUAUUUCCGAGUUUAAUGUGGUAAUUACCGAUUACAAGAGCUUUGUGAUGUGGAAUAUGAUUACAUAAGUGAUACUUUUAAGCACAAAAUAUAAACUUGUUUACCACAAUGGGCUAUGUUUAGGAAUUUUUUCAAAAAUUCAAUCAAUAGAAGAGGCCUGGAGGUGGUGCGAACAUAUUUUAUUAUGUCAUGUCAAUAUCUCGUUUUGAGACCUUUUCAUCUUGUAUGACGAUCUCAGUAUAGUACUAGUUGUUCCAGAGUUUUGCCAAUAUUGCAUGUUCCUUUCAACCUACACCAUGACGUUGUUCACCUGAAGUUGUGUGCCAUAUUUUUUUGAGAAUAUAUUGGUGGAUGUUGGCAAGUUA